GGUGGCGCCGCGGCCCCAGGCCUGCCCGGGGAUCCGGCGCGGCCGGUUCCUGGGACGGGACCCCUGCGGGGAGGAGGACCGGAGGCGGCCCCGCGGCGAGCUCGGAGGCCCAGCGGCCUGGGCCGCGUCACCGCAGCCACAUGGCCUCCGGAGUGGGCGCGGCCUUCGAGGAGCUGCCGCACGACGGCACGUGUGACGAGUGCGAACCAGACGAGGCUCCCGGGGCCGAGGAAGUGUGCCGAGAGUGCGCCUUCUGCUACUGCCAGCGCCACGCCGAGGCGCACAGGCAGAAGUUCCCCAGCCACCACCUGGCCCAGUACGUCCACGGCGCUGCCCCGGCCUGGAUCGCGGACGCCCCCGCGCAGGGCGACGCGAAGGAAGAUGCGCAGGCCAAGGUGGAGAAUGAGAGGGCUGUAGAGAGCGAGGCGGGGGAAGAGAGCGAGUCCGAGGAAGACAGUGAGUCCGAAGAAGAGAGCGAGACGGAGGAAGAGAGUGAGGAUGAGAGCGAUGAAGACAGUGAAGACGACAGCGAGGAAGAGAUGGAGGACGAGCAAGAGAGCGAAGCAGAGGAAGACAACCAAGAAGGAGAGUCCGAGGCCGAGGGAGAAACGGAAGCAGAAAGCGAAUUUGACCCAGAAAUAGAAAUGGAAGCGGAGAGAGUGGCCAAGAGGAAGUGUCCGGACCAUGGGCUUGAUUUGAGCACCUACUGCCAGGAAGAUAAGCAGCUCAUCUGUGUCCUGUGUCCGGUCAUUGGGACUCACCAGGGCCACCAGCUCUCCACCCUCGACGAAGCCUUCGAGGAACUAAGAAGCAAAGACUCCGGCGGACUGAAGGCAGCUAUGAUAGAGUUGGUGGAAAGGUUAAAGUUCAAGAGCUCAGAUCCAAAAGUAACCCGGGACCAGAUGAAGAUGUUUAUACAGCAGGAGUUUAAGAAAGUUCAGAAAGUAAUUGCUGAUGAGGAACAGAAGGCCCUUCAUCUAGUGGACAUCCAGGAAGCAAUGGCUACCGCUCAUGUGACUGAGAUACUGGCUGACAUCCAGUCCCACAUGGAUAGGUUGAUGACUCAGAUGGCCCAAGCCAAGGAACAACAUGAUACCUCUAAUGAAUCAGCUGAGCCAAAGGCAGAGGGUGACGAGGAAGGACCCAGUGGUGCCAGUGAAGACGAGGACACAUGAAGGCCUGCCAUCCCCCACGGAAACUCCUCCCUCCCCCGUGUGUGUGUGUGUGUGUGUGUGUGUGUGUGUGUGAGUGUGACGGUUUCUGAUUUCUGUGAAAGCUGCCCAGCAACAAACGUACUUCCACCGGAUACAUCCCCAGGUCCAAAGCAGGCACACCUCUGUCCAAGGGAUGACCAAUUUUAUUGUCACUGACUGUGCUUGUCAUUCUCUUGUCAUGGUAGGUCAAGAAAAAGUGCCCCUGUGAUCAGCUAGGAGCAGUUCCUUAAGAAGCGACCUUCAGGCAGUCCCUCAACCGCUGCUUUGAAUUUACUCAGGAAAGCCAGCCCCUGGAAUAUUGUAUACCUAGACAGCAUCGAUUCAUCUGGAAGGAUCUGGAAUAAUCUUGAAGGGCAGCCAGAAUUUUUUCCCUACCUGCUAAUAAAACCCCACUUUAUUUAUACUGAAGCAUGAAAUAAUGGGGGAAGGGCAAAGUAGGACUCCGUAGAUAGUCUCUGAAAGUCCAAUCCUACAGUUGUGAAAAUGUGGUUCCAUGAAGUAAGAAUGGGUGGUGUGAAGAUGGGGUUGGAGAAAAAGGUAAAAGUUUGAAAUACAGAGGUAUUUUUAGUAUAUGAGGUUAUCCAGCACUUCAGAUCCAUAAUUCAGUGCUGUGGAAAUGAAAAAAAUGAUUGAAGAGGUGGAAAGGAAAUGACUUUAAGAAAAAAAAAAAGGACCAAAGAGAUCUGAUUAAAAGUUGAAAUCAGUAUUUCUGAACUCAAAUUGCCUGAGUUUCCAAAAUAGUCACUAAAGGAUCUGAUGGAGCCUGAAUUAUUUGGGCGAAUUCUGCCGGUUUUCUGAGUCUUGUCACAACAUGAAAUCUGGAAUGUGUAUUGCAAAGUGGGAAUUUUUCAGUGUGGGUUUUUGGAGCCCUCGCCCCAACCCCCCUGGCCUCCUUUGGCUUCAGUGCAGUGUAGGGAGAGAUUGUGUCGCUCUGCUGUACUGAGUCAAGCCCGUCUCCCAGCAGGUGCACCCACCUUUCACUCCAGCUGGGACCCCUCUUCCCGUGCCCCCCCCCCACCGGCCUCCGGACCCUCUCCCGCAGCCAGGCUUUCUCUUCUCAAGUACCACGAGCAGAGGCACACCUUGCUUGCACUUCCGGCCCUCCCCCACUCCCAUGUCACGUUUUCUCACCACCAGGUUUUCUACCCCCAAGUAAGCCGUGGGUUCUAGGGAGUGCAAACCAGCAAGCUCAAAAACCUGCAUUUUCUCAGAUGUCAGUUUCACUUCAAUGGUUUGGAGUCAGGGGAUGACCUUAUUUUUAGAUAAAACAGCUAUAUUAUGAAAUAGAAUGUUCAUACAGUUAAGAUAAAAUGGGAUGCUUCACAGGGAAUUCUUAUUUGUUCCCUGUGUUCGGCUGUUGGCCGUGUUUUGGUGUCCACUCCAGAAAAGUACAAUUGGAACUGUAUCCACGCAGCAGACUCAGGGCCUAGACUUCUAGUUGCUUCCGCAGCAGAGCUGAAGGCAUCUGCCCUGGAGAAAUCCCUCUUCUUCCGCCUGCCUGUGACCUGUGGACCUGUCACAGAGCUUUGGGGCCAGCUGGUUUUUGUUGGGGGGGGGGGGGACAGUGUUGAGGCCAAAGCAGUACUUCCUGUAGGAAUCCUAUGUAUGUCAUUGUUCAGUCCUGUGUUUGCUAUGAAACUAUUUCUUUGAGGCCAGAAAGCUACUGGGCAUAUCUGCUUCUGGGUUAGGCUUACCGUGGCUCACUACACACGUUAGGAUGUUGGACCGAGCGUCCUUUGAGCAGUUAAAAAAAAAGUAUUUUUCUCCAAAACUCGUGGUCAACAAAUGGCAAAGACAGAUUUGGCGCUUUCCCUAUCUGCCUGCAAAGACUGGAGAAUUGGGCAUGCCACUAACUACAACCCCCAACCUCACCCAACAGAGCUCCCCAAAAAGAGGGACCAGUGGCCACUCUUUUAAGAGUUUAAAAACCAAGAGAUUAAGAACACUUGAGGAUUUGGAUGCUUGGUUUGUCCUUCACCAAUAAUUAUUGUUGAGUCUCCAAGUAGUAGCCUUAUCUCAGCAAUGGACAGACCAUCGGCUCCUCCACCUCGACUAGACGCCAUUAUUAAAGUCAGUAUCAGGGAAACUGAGCAUAUAUGCGUUGGAUAUGAACGGAAACAUAAACACACAUGCCAGCCUAUCUCCGUCUGUUAUCACAUCUCUGUAAUCCUCAAGGAAAGCGCUUUUGCUUUUACUUAGGAUUUCAGAUUUGCUCGGUGGGCUCCUGCUGUCUUCAGCACCUGAUAAAACUUUAACCAGGGAGGCAUUAAACACGGCGCGCCGGCUUCUGCCCAGGCUCCUGAGCUCCUGCCAGCGGCAUUCAUCAAUGUAGGAACAGGCUGCUUCCUGCAGCGGUACCAGCCCCCGGGUGGGGCCCCGCUCCUCCCGGCUCGGGAAAAGUUAGAGGGCCCCAAAGUGUGUGCUGGCCGAGUGCAGGCCGCAGAGGGGUUGCAGAGCCCCCAGGGAGAAGUCGCCUCGGGAGGCAGGUCAGGAGUGUCUCCUGAAUGAACUGCGUCCCCUGAGAUCCCUGGCUGCUUUCCAAGUUUCGGUUAUCUGGAGGCUGAGAGUGGGUGUGUCCUUUGAUUUGAUGUCAUUCAAUCCAGGGCAAUUCUAAGAAGUCCUAAGAGUCUCAGCUGCGACAGCCUACGAGGGGAAAUGACCUAUACUGAGGACCAGCUGUGAGCCAGGCCCUGCACUAGACCCCAGUUUCUCAGCUGAUGAAACGGAUGUGGGGUGGAGGAGCCCCUUGCCUUGAGGUCCACAGCUAGGAAGUCCUGGAGCUGGACUUUGAGCCCCAACUCUGUGGUGCUUGGUGGCACAUCUGCCAUACAGAGGCAGGAGGAGGCCUCAGGCCCCCCACUGCAGUCCACCAUAUCACUUUAUAGCUUCUUUUUCACAAUUUCAUUUCAUGGCUAUUGUUUGGGCUCUGGAAUGGCAUCGAGGUAGCCUUGUUCUGCCACGUUAGCAGAUACAUUAAGUCCACAUUGCUAACUUGAGCCUGCCCCCAGGAGUUGGGGAAACCUUUCCUUGUUGGUGCCAUGCCCCAUAAAUAGAGUGUCUCUAGGCCUUCAAGAGUAUAGAAGUUCUUAGAAACAGCCAGAGUGAAGGGUGUUCUGCUCUCUUGAGUUUGCUUGGAAAUGUCUGCCGCUGCACUGCCACAGGGAAGGCCAUCCUCAUGUGGUAGCGCAGCCCGUCCUGUGCUCUUUGAGGACAUGCUCACUCAGAGUCCAGUGCAUCUGCACUUUCCUGCUGAUGCCUGAUGUGGACAUGUGUACACACACACACACACACACACACACACAAAGUGCAUAUGUAUACAUCAAGGACAAGGGUACAUGCAUAGACACGCACACACACGCAGUGUAAGAACUACAGGGAGUUCAGGGCAGCCCCCUCCCGAUCUUGUGUACCACUGUUCUGCCAGCCCCGAUCACAAGUGUCAUCAGAUUGUCGGAGAGGUGCUCGCUUACAAGGUGCUUACGAGAAGAACAGACCCUUGGCAGAGGUGGUCAGCUCCUAAAGCAUGGGGCCAAGGUCGGCUCCAGCCCUGUUCCAAGUUGUCUAACAUACGGGAAACGAUGGCCCAGCCAUUUUGAGGACCCAGGAGUCUGCCCACUCUGGUCAAAACUGAGGACCCUGGUGGCAGGGUCUAGGAGGUUGUACCCCGCCCCACCCCCCACCUAGAAAAUAUUCUCUUGCCAACACCUGAAAUUUCAUACUCACAUAAUGCCUGUUUAGUACAUGCUUUGUAAUAAGAAAAUUGGUUGCAUGUUUAAUGUGUGCCUAGCCCAUCUGGAAUUUUGUUUAAAACACAAAUCUCAUUAGGGAUGAACUCAGCCCAGCCUAAGAGAGAAAGAAGAGACUUGGAUCUCAUUAACAUGGCCUGCACCCAGCAGUGCUCUGAAGCCCCCACCACAGCCCGUGCCCAGGGCCCUGUCUGGUGGAACAGCAGCAUUUGGAACUGAGAAUGCACCGGAAGCAGCAGAACAAGUGCCGGGGCAGGAAAAUGAAAACAAAUUAAGAUACUUAUGGGUGUAAAGGUGCAAAACAUACCACAGAGCCCAUGCUGGGACUGAUAUGACCUUGAGGGACAAUAGAUUUCUAUUAAUGGGAAUCAAAUUUAUAUUAAUGGGACUCAAACCUGACCAGUCUUUGUACAGUGACAGGCCACACUGCGUGUGUGGGGACAAGCAGCGAAUCCAUUGUCCCUGCCUGUUUUCCUGUGCACAGUCACAUUCCCGCCUCACCUUCCCCUUCCACCCUUCACGUUAAACAAGGGAACACUCACUCUUUCAAGGGAAUUACACAUUUGAGUUAAUGUUUCAGUAUAUCAUUUUCAUACUGUAAAUUAUUUUGUAAGAGAUUUUCUGCUAUCCCAGGAUGUUUGGACUCAGCACCCCUGUGCAUUUGGAAAUCAAUAAACUAUUACUGGAAAUACCA